AUGUCAUUCAAGAUCCUCCUCAAGGCAACUCGCCUUCCAGAAAUCUCCCCCUCCACAUUCAAAUCCCGUCUAGAAGCGCACAUCGAACUAGUCAAGCGUCUUACGGGUCCUGAUUUUCCCCUCUCCCAUCGACGAAUCUAUAUUGAUCGUCCUACUGCUCCGUCUUCAGAGGGAACAUAUCCUACCACCGUGCUACUCGGACAACAGAGUGAUUUCUCAUUCGACGUGAUAGCGGAAUUGACAUUCGAGGAUAAGGCUGCAUUCGAGCGGUUUCAGGCGAAAGUCGGAGAGCCGGAGAUUGCGAGAGCAAUCCAGGAGGAUGAGCAUGAAUGGUCGGAUCGGGGGAAGUUGGGGAUUGUGGUGUUGGGGGAGGUGAGGGAGACGAAGAGGUGA